GCAGAUACAUACAUGUUUUGCUCCUACGGGACUACAAGUCCCACGGUUCAAUGUGCGGUGGUAGCGUGAUCCGCUCGAGGAGACCAUGGCGAUACCCAGGACGUUCUGACGGGCUAUCAGAAAAAUAGCCCUCGAAAAACGGGUCAACGCCCCAUAUAAACGACACUAGACUUGGACACUGUGAGAAAUAAAAAUGGGGUCCCGUAUCAAGGACAACCCUGAGGCCACUUUCGAGGUGUACCUGGAGGUGACCCAUCCUGGAACCACUGGCUCUGAUCCGGAGGUGCGGAGGCGAUUCCCCGAGGACUACAUCGACCAGGAAACUCUUCAGACAGUCCCCAAGUUCUGCUUCCCCUUCAGUGUGGACAGUCUGUCGGUGAGCCAAGUGGGCCAGAACUUCACCUUCGUUCUGACGGACAUCGAGAGCAAGCAGCGCUUCGGCUUCUGCCGCCUCUCCUCGGGGGCCCACAGCUGCUACUGCAUCCUCAGCUAUCUGCCCUGGUUUGAGGUAUUCUACAAGCUGCUCAAUAUCCUCGCUGACUUCACAAUCAAAGGCCAGGAGAGUCAGUGGCGAGAGCUCCUGGAGUCACUCCAUACACUCCCCAUCCCUGAUCCUGGAGUGCCAGUCCAUCUUAGCGUGCAUUCCUACUUUACUGUGCCUGACAGAAGGGAACUACCCAGCAUACCUGAAAACAGAAACCUAACAGAGUAUUUUGUAGCCGUAGAUGUCAAUAACAUGCUCCAUCUGUACGCUAGUAUGCUUUAUGAGCGUCGAAUCCUCAUCUGCUGUAGCAAACUAAGCACCUUAACGGCUUGUGUUCACGGGUCGGCGGCCAUGAUGUACCCAAUGUAUUGGCAACACGUUUACAUUCCUGUCCUGCCUCAGCACCUCAUAGACUACUGCUGUGCGCCCAUGCCCUACCUCAUUGGAGUACAUUCCAGCCUAAUGGAGAAGGUGAGGGGGAUGGCCCUGGAUGACGUAGUAGUCCUCAACGUAGACACCAACACCCUAGAAACACCCUUUGACGACCUCCAAAGCCUGCCCAACGACGUGGUGUCAUCUUUAAAGAAUCGCCUGAAGAAGGUUUCCACGACGACGGGAGAUGGCGUGGCCCGAGCUUUCCUCAAGACACAGGCCGCUCUCUUCGGCUGCUACAGGAACGCGCUGCAGAUCCAACCGGGAGAGCCAAUAACGUUCAGCGAGGAGGUCUUUGUGACCCACCGCUCCAGUGCCAUGAGACAGUUCCUGCAGAACGCCAUCCAGCUGCAGCUCUUCAAACAGUUCAUCGAUGGCCGCUUGGACCUGCUGAACGCUGGUGAGGGCUUCAGUGAUGUUUUCGAGGAUGAGAUCAACACGGGAGAGUAUGCAGGCAGCGACAAAAACUACCACCAGUGGCUAUUCACAGUAAAGAAAGGGGGCGGUGCUAUCUUCAACACAGUGAGGACCAAGGCUAAUCCGGCCAUGAAAACAGUCUAUAAGUUUGCUAAAGAUCAUGCCAGGAUGGGGAUAAAGGAAGUCAAGAGCCGACUAAAGCAAAAGGAGCUGGCAGAGAACGGCUACUCCUCGACAGUGGGCACUGGUGGCACAGGAACGGGCACCGGGGAGGAGGGCACCACUGCCGGGUCGCCCACCUCCACAGACGGAAAGGACGGCAGCGCCCGCACCUGGGACGAACGGCGGCCUAUCACUGUGCACUUUGGACAGCCCCUCCGAGAGCCUCCCACUCGGCCCACUCGGCCCCCUCCUCCCAGGCUCCAAUGCGGCAACUCGCGGCCCGCCCGUCCACCCAGGCCUCAGGUGGCCAAGAGACCUCGCAGCAACGUGGGCCUGGAGAGUAGCCCUGAACAUGGUGGCCGUCCCACACGUCACUACACAGUCUUUCUGUCCGAGGACUCAUCAGGCGACGAGCUGCAGCACGAAGACGACUCCAUUGCCAGCUUCCCCGAGAACUUUCUCUUCUCUGCCCCCUUCGAAUGGUCACCCCUGCCGCCUCCUUACCGCUCCCUGAAAGAGGCGGAGGAGGGGGAGGAGCCCAUCAGCGGCCCCUCCUACACAGCCCCGCCCAGCCCAGUGAUGGAGAAGUUUGCUGAUAUCAACCUGCUGGGGAACAUGUUCAGCUGCUUGGACGAGCCUGAGGGACAGCAACUCAGCCUGGCCAAGAGCCUGGAGGACCUCCGCACACCCAAAGACCCCCAGGAGCAGCAGAAAUUAAUCUACCAGCGGAUGGACCUGAGUGGCACCCUUCCAGGCCUCAAGCACUCCAACCCCUACAACAAGAUGUGGAGCAUGCAUGGGCAGGAUGAUAUGGCCAUGUCCGGCCGGGUGUCUCCGAAUUGGGACCGACCCCUGUCCGUGCCCCCCCCUGACCUGGAAGAGCUGCGGCCCCCUAGCCGAGAGAGCUUCGGUCCCGGGGUCCUCGAGCGGCCGGAUCUCUUCACCACCCCCAGCCAAGGGGAGUGCAUCACCAUCCCCCGCCCCCAGGGGAGGAAAACCCCAGAGCCAGGUAAGGUCUUGGGUCCGCCACCAGUGCCCCAGCCCCGGACCAAGCCGGGGGUGGUGGGGGAUGGUGGGACCACUACAGCAGGGGGGCAGGAGUUCCGGCAGGCCCUUGGGAUGGGGGGUGACCUGAUGCUGCAGCCCACCAAGAUGGAUUUCAAUGAUGGGGAGGAUGUGGACCUGCUCAGCCUCCUGGACCCCCUGAACAACCCGGCCCAGACCACCACCACCCCAGCCUUGGCAGGGGAAGGAGCAGACUCCCGGUCCAGUGCCGAACCUCCGUCCUCCAGGCCUGUUCUCCCACCACGUCCCUACCCUCAGAGCCUGCCCCCCUUCCACCAACACAUGCCCCUGAACCCCUUUACCCCGCCCCUCGGCUACUCCACCCACAGACACUACUCGCCCACCGUAGCGGGGAAUCCCUUCGGCAGUGGUGCCUACGGGCCUCCCGCCUCCGCCUAUUUCCACGCCUCCCCCCAUGGUCACCCUCCUCACCCUCUUUCUACAAUGCCGGGGCUCUACAGACUGUCCUCCCCCGUGGGGUCUAACCUCCCUCCUGGUAUGGGAUCCAUGCGGUCUGCCUUCCCCAAUCAUGGCGGUCCUCCCCCCACCUCCUCAGGCAGCCACCAUGCUCUCUCUAACCUGUUGGACUCCCCCUCGGCCCCCACCCCUAGCCUCGCCCCUAGGGUACUGCCAAAGCCUCCCAACACUGCAGAGGACUCCAACGAGACUCAGGAUCCCUUUGGGGACCUUCUGGCCAUGGCUAAGCCGGCCGCUGCACCACCUAAAAAGAAGGUAGAGGGCCUUCGGGGGAAGUGGGAGACUUUUGACUAACCCCCCUUUCCUUACUUUCCACGUGUGGGCGUUGUCUUAUUCACCUCUUCCCUGCACCAGCUUAUGCUGCUGACCAAUGAGUAACAAAGUCUGUGUGUCAGGCGACCAAUCAAGAGGCUGGGUUCCAAGCUGUCCCCUCCCCCGUCUCCCCCUCUGCUAAAUGUCGGAGUUCAGACCUCACUCUUUCUCUCUCUCUCCCUCUCUCUCCCCCUCUCUCUAUCUCUCUCUCUAUGUCUGUUUCUCUCUCUCUCCUUUCUCUCGUCCUUCAGUCUGGAAUGGGACUCUCAACCCGGCCUUGCUUCUUUCAGUACGCUGUAUAUGCCAACCAUGCACAGCCCAUGCUAGCGCGCUCUUGCACAGUAUCCCUUGGUGUUAGCGGUGUGUGUUCAAUGCCUUCACUUAGACGUUAGCUUAGCUCAAACUGGAAGGCGUGUGGCCUCUAAAACACAUCUUGACUCUAUCCUGGGACCCGGCACCAAAAGGCCAUCAUGUCUCAGAAACUGUCAGAGCCGUGUCUGUUGCUACGAUGGUAAUGCUAAUCAUUAGAGUAGCUAGUAGUUUGUGGAUUUCCCAGCUUAGCGGUGUUAUAGUCCGAUCUGUGGCACAUCACUAACAUGCAGUCCGUCCACCCUCAAUGUGUUCAGCGGCGUCAUGUUUUUAGAGGAAACUCUCGAAUGAUACAUGAUUUUGUUUGCCUGGACUAACUAAUGGACCGUUGUCAUUGACUGAAGCAAAUCCACCAGAACAUUUUGGCUGAACGGGGUUGGUUGUGGACCUUGGUUUACAUUAUGCCGGUUACAGCAAUCUUUCAGGUGAAACUUUUGCUAAUUCAUUUGUCAAACUUUAAGAAGCCAUGAUUGUAAAUUCCUAUGUUGUAGGAGAGGAAUAUAGAACAAUCAUGUUUGCUAUUUAAACUCAUCCCAUGUAUUCCCUUUUCCCCUUGUUGAUUUUGGCCUUAUUCUAAGUGUUAUCAUGUUUUCUGUGUCUGAGGACAGUGAUUAUCUACUACUGAGUCACUGGCUGCUUGCUCAGUGUGCUGCUACUAUGUGUGCAAGAGUGAAAAGUAUGUACCGACAAAAUGGAUACCGUUGUCGGUUGCGAUUGCAAUCGAUUGCCAGUGCGCUUCCGUUUGGAUCCGAAAUGACUCAAAUCAGGACCUAGACCAAGAACUAAGACGACACUAGUCUGUGACACUAUAAGACAUUUGUCCCGACAACUGCUACAAAUAAACCCCCACCACCUUGUGGGUAAUCACAUUCAUGGAGUCAUAGGGGCUAACAUUUGGGAGAACGCCUACAUGCUAAUGCUAAAGGCUAACGGUGUUGUGGAAGAUACAGUAAGGCUGUGGAGCAAAAACAUGUCAAAUGAUGUCUGUGGAAAAUUUAAUUGGAACACAUCUUGGUCCUUGCUUUGUGUGUAGAGGGAACAAAAUAGAAUGUACAGUGUAUGAUUGAUUAAAGAGAGAUAUCAAGUACUGUGUCGGCUAAUACUAGAAACAUUAAGUAAAGUUUCAUCUUUUGGAACUCCUUCUCAGUUAGACAACGCUUUUCUCCUCUCUGGUCACAACAGCUUAUGGAGAAAAGAUUCCAUUGAAUCUGUGGGAUACUUCACAAAACAUGACUAAUGAGUUAGCAAGAACUUCAGUGACAUUUAAGUCUUUUUAGUCCAUCCUGAAAUGGUUUGCAAAAUAUUUCCCCCAGUUUUAGACGAUGAUUCACCUAUACUGCAAUAUGCAUUUAUAAUAUGGACAUUUUAAAUGAUUUCGUCAAAAAGGUUUGCAAAAUAAAGCCAAAAUACAGACUUUU